AUGAUCAUUUUUAACGAUAAUUUUAAAAAUUAUUCCAAUGAAUCAAUAUGUUUAAAAGUGGAAAAAAUUUCACAUGAAAAUCAACAUUGUAAAUUGACAAUCACACGUAAAUGUGAUCGUUUUUGGCAUAUAUUUCUCAUCAUUCUAUUCAUGUUUAUUCUUGUGAUUUUAUUGUUGUUUCAACGGCAAAAUUUAACGUUUACCUUGUUCACAAUUCUGGUCAUAUCGUUCAAUAUUUUGAUGUACAUAUUUCUACCCAUUGUAGAAGAAUCAAUCAUUUUAUUUGAUAAUUUUCAUGGUAUAGAAUAUGGAAAAAAAUAUCUAUUCCAUAAAUCAACUGUUCGUAUGUUUAUCAACACAAAUAAUGUGAUCAUUAAUGAAGCCAUUACAAUGCAAAAAGUCAUUUUUUAUUUGAUUGCCAUUCCAGCUGAUCUAGGACAUUUGGUUUUACACAAUAAUAAUAAUAAUAAUAACAGCAACGAAGCUGGACAAUCCAACCACCCAUUGAAUAAUAUUAAUGAUCAGACAAAAAUUUUCAAUGAAACAAAAAUCAAAUUGAUUCCAUUAUUUAUACAUACAUUACCACGUUUGGAUUGUCUGAAAAUUGUCUAUAAUUAUAUUAUACAAUUCAGAAAUCAACAACAACAACAACAAAUAAAGAUAUAGCCACCAUUUGGUGUGAGAAGAAGAUAAGA